AUGCCGGAAGGUCGCCUGUUGCCGUGCUAUCCUUGCGUGGUAACGCCAGAAGGCACAGUACGCACACAAGGCGAUCCAGUGCUGUACCAAGCGACAUCAAGCGGACGCAUUCCUGUAAGUACUUCGCAAAAAUUUCGCACAGAUGUAUUGGGCACGAUAAACCGCCGGCGAAAGGGGAUACCACAGGUUAUAAAGGAUUUGAACCCGAAGCAGCUGGAGCGUGGGGUGUCUGUAGGUAGACAUUGCGAUGACAUCGCGUUGGUGGCGUGGAAAGAGGUCAAACUUGUCACCGUUUUGUCUACCUAA